AUGCUACCGACGCACGGCAGCACCGACGCGCGCAGGAUCAUCUUCUGCAUCGCCGUGUCGGAGGCGUACGUCCUGCCCAAGACGUGGUACCGCGUCACCAGUCCGCUUUCUACGGCGGAAUCGACGGCGACGGUGACCGUGAGCGCGAUCGUGACGACGGCGGUGCAGACCGGGGGCCAUACCGGCGGUCAGCCCGCUGGGCCCCUCAGGUCCCCGCCUGCAAGGGCGACGCUGGUGAUUGUGGCAAUCUUUUUAUUCUUCAGAAUGAUGGCGUUCUGA